UUAAAAUGGCAAAUUAGGAAAAAAAUUUUGUUGUUAGUUACAAUGUUUAUUUGAACUAGCUUAGUUGAAGUAAAUUGAAUUGAACAAAAUAAAAAAUACAAUGUAAUCAAUUACAAUGUACAAUGUAUUCAAGUUAAUAUUUAUUCUUUAACUUCUGUUUUAAAUUUAAUUUACGGUUUGCAAUAAACGUUAUGUGACAACUGAAAUUAAAGUUAGGUUAUGGUUGGUGGUAAAUGAAAGUUUAGUUCGCUCUUAUUCCUAUAGUAACAAAAGACAUAGGACACUCGUAUUUAAUUCUUGCUUUAUGCAUUUUCAAUGGCUGCUGAUUCUUUAAGUGUAGAAGAAAAACUGAAGUUGGCCUGUUAUUAUGAAGUUUCAAAAAUAUGCAAGUUUGUGUGUGAAAACAACACACUCCUUGGUGAAUUACAGAUCGACAAGCAAGCGAAGCAACUCAUUGCGGAACUGAUUUGGAAGAAACUGAAAAUUUAUGCAGAGGAUCUUGAAGCAUUUGCUAAACAUGCGAAGAGGUCAACGAUAAAUGCUGAAGAUGUGAAACUGUUGGUGCGUCGAAAUCCGUCCAUGAACUGUCUCCAAAAUGAAAAGGGAGAAGAAGGAAAUUCAAUCCCGAGGAAUGGAAAAGGAAUGAAGCAAAACGCAAAAGACACCAACCCAAGCUGGCGCCAUCCUAUCCUGAGUGUGACCAUAAAGGAAAGAAGACAUUUAGAUGUAAAAAUUAAAAUGCAUGAUAAAGGACUUUCACGAUAUUUUCUACAAAUCAAGCGACAGGAUUGUGCAGGACUGUUUUAUACUAAAAAACAUUGAAGUCCAAAGCCCCAAACGGAAAACGUCUAAAGGCAAUGGUGUUGAGCACAUGACAAAAAUGGCCGACGAUUUGGCUUCCUCUAAAGACUCCAAGAAAAGAAAGCAGCUGAAAGAGGGGAAUAAAGAAGUAGUUGAAAUUGAAUAGUUAUUGUUUUUUAAAUAAAGGUUUUGCAGUAUAAAAA